GGGAAAAUAAAGUGCAAAAAUAUCUGCAGAGGGAACAAAGAGAGAAAACAGGAAGGAGCGUAAAGGGCUACUACAAACUUUCAAACAUUUCCAAUAAACCGGGAAAAAAAAUUACCAACCACACGUACAUGUUUAUAAACAAGAAGCCAGAAAACUAAAUAAUAUGCCGGACGCCAAAUUCGGCUUAGAAAUGGGUGUUUAAUAAGCAAAGGAAAGCAGCCCGCCGUCUGUGUCCCACAAGCCCGGUGCUGGUGUGUUUAUCACGGCCAAACACCCUUCUGCAAUACCGAGGCUUCCAGCGGUACAGCAGGCCGGAUCGUUUUUCUUUCUUUUGCGUAAGGCUAGCUGCUCCUUUUGGACUGCUGCUGGAAGUCUAGAGAGAUGGGUGUCAAAACAUUUACCCAUAGUUCUCCCACCCACAGCCAGGAGAUGCUGGGCAAGCUGAACAUGCUGCGGAACGAGGGGCAUUUCUGUGACGUCACCAUCCGUGUCCAAGACAAAGUCUUCAUGGCACACAAGGUCGUCCUGGCGUCCUGCAGUGAAUUCUUCCGCACCAAACUCGUGGGCAAACUACAAGAGGAGGAUAAAUGCGUCCUGGACUUGAAUCAUGUGACAGUGAGUGGCUUCACGCCACUACUGGAGUACGCCUACACGUCUACCCUCACUUUAAACACAGAGAACAUCAUUGAUGUUCUGGCAGCUGCCAGCUACAUGCAGAUGUUUACUGUAGCCAGUACCUGUUCAGAGUUCAUGAAAUCAAGUAUCCUUUGGAACAGUGCGAACAACACACAGCAGGAGAAGCCACAGGAGUCUGCCCCGGAGAACUCCACAAACUGCACCUUCACUCCCCAGGAUGGCAGCGUGUCCCCAGUCUCCUCUGAGUGCAGCGUUAUAGAGAGAACCAUACCCGUAUGCCGGGAGUCUCGCAGAAAACGCAAAAGCUACAUCAUGAUGUCGCCCGAGAGCCCCCUUAAAUGCAGUAUGCAAAACACUUCCCCUCAGAUUCAAAACGCUACAACCUCCUUCACAGAGACGCAGUCCCAUCCUAUGGACUCAUCGUUGGCUUUUCCUUGGACUUUCCCCUUUGGGAUUGAUAGGAGGUUCCAGUCAGAGAAACCCAAGCAGGCUGAGAGCCCCAGGAGCUUGGAACAGCCUGGUCCAUCAGAUGUGACCAGAAGGCUGGAUGAAUAUCUGAGCUGUGAGGGCACAAAAGCCAUUUCCCCACUGGUGGCCGAGGAGGACGUCCAUGUGAAGGUUGAGAGACUAAGUGAUGAAGAAGUGCCCGAGGAAGUCUCUCAGCCAGUCAGUGCUUCACAGAGUUCGCUGAGCGAUCAGCAGACUGUGCCAGGAAGUGAGCAAGUCCAUGAAGAUCUUUUAAUUAGCCCACAGUCUUCCUCGAUUGGUUCAGUCGAUGAAGGAGUCUCAGAGGGGUUACCGUCACUUCAGAGUACUUCAAAUGCUGGAGGCCAUGGAGAUGAUGAUGAAAGGCUCGAAAGUGUACAGUAUCCCUAUCACCUGUAUAUAACCCCAUCUACGAGACCUAGCACAAAUGGCCCUGACAGACCUUUUCAGUGCCCUACGUGUGGAGUCAGGUUUACACGCAUCCAGAACUUGAAACAGCACAUGCUUAUCCACUCUGGCAUUAAACCUUUCCAGUGUGAUCGCUGUGGGAAAAAGUUCACUCGGGCAUACUCCUUAAAGAUGCAUCGCCUGAAGCACGAAGGUAAACGCUGUUUCCGGUGCCAGAUAUGUAGCGCCACUUUCACUUCCUUCGGUGAAUAUAAGCACCACAUGCGGGUGUCCCGGCACAUUAUCCGCAAGCCGAGGAUUUACGAGUGCAAAACGUGCGGCGCCAUGUUCACCAACUCUGGAAAUUUAAUCGUACAUCUGAGGAGUCUGAACCAUGAAGCGUCAGAGCUAGCAAACUACUUCCAGAGCAGUGAUUUCCUAGUCCCAGAUUACCUGAAUCAGGUACAGGAGGAGGCGUUGGGGCAGUAUGAGUUAGGAGACCACCAUUUCGAAAGCAACCCUUCUAUCCAAAUGCCAGUCAUAUCCCAGGUGUCGUCCACACAGAACUGUGAAAGCACUUUCCCCCUGGCGAGCCUGGGUGGACUGGGAGAUAAGGAGGAGGAGGAGGAGGAGGAUGAGGAGGAGGAGCUACCUGAAGAGCCAAAGGCUAUUGAGGAAACAGAAAAGGACCCUCAAAAGAAAGAGCUGGCUUCUAUUACAAUCGAAUAGUCCCCUCCCUGCAAUUGGAAAGUGCCUGAAUUUGUUCUCUUUUGACUCUGACGGCAUCAUGCAAAUGGGAAAAAAAAUAAAUAUAUAUAUAUAUAUAUAUAUAUAUAUAUAUAUAUAUAUAUAUAUAUAUAUAUAUAUUUAAGGAAAUAAAAAUUGCUUUUUGAGCCUACUUCAACAAACAACAUAAUGAUCCUGCAUCCCUUUUUUUCAUAUUAAAAAAAGGUGUCAUUUUUGUAUAAGGUUUCUUGUGCUGUUGGAUAAAAAUACUUUUUAGGUGUUAUUUUCUUUAUUGCUUUUGUUUUGAAUAGUUUGAAUGCUGGGCUGGACGCUUUAAUGUUUGUGGAUGUGUGUGUGUGUGUGCGUGUUUCCUUCAGAAUCUCAACCAUGUUAUGGUAUUUUAAGUUUAUCAAAGAAAAAUAUAAAAUAUUGAUAAAACAGUUUUAGUGCCAGAAGCUGGGUGUUGGUUAAAUUGACUGAUCAUUAUUUUUGCAGGCACCUGGACUUCAAUAUUAUGUGUUCUAAUGUACUAAUCCUCUUAAAAAAAAAGAAAUGUAUUUGUUGUGUAGUAUUUCUAUUUGUUUCUACUUUUAAUAUCCUAAGAGAAAAUAAUUUGUCAUGCACAGAAUAUCAAGCACUUUCUGGAUCCACAGCAUUCAAUAUAACUUAGAGACAUCUGUGAACUGAAAAGAUGUCUGGAAUGGAUUUAGUAGAAUUGCAUGCAAUAGCUGUACUGCAGGAUACAAUGUGACUUAGAUGUGGGAUACUGUGAGCCCUGCUAUGUUAGCAGUUGCUUUAUUUUACAGUUAUUCAUUUCAGUUUUGCACCGGGAAUUUGUACUUCAGUAAAUUCUGAAGAACACCAGCCAAAACACUAAAUACAAAUGUAAAAUCAAUGGAUAAUCAGGCUUACCCAUUGAUAUGUAUGUAUGUAUGUAUGUAUGCGUGUGUGUGUGUCUAUAUAUAUAAUUUUUUUUUUUUUUUUAGUAAUAGGGGCAAUGUGUUAAUUUGUAUGUGGUCUCUUGGUCAAUGGACGUGCAUUCAGUAGUCUUGGUAGUCAUUAGCAAUACAUUCUUUAAAUAAGCAGGAUACACACCUAACCACCCCAGCUCUUACAGUUACACUGUAUUUGUCUCUCUAUUAGCUAUGGCAUUUUUAAAUUGCAAUGCCAACGUAUUUAAUUUAGUGUCUUCCUCACACACAACCAAGACUUUUCUAUUAUUAUUAUUAUAAUUAAUAUGAAUUUUAUUUGGACAGUACUUAUUUAAUACAUGUCAUUGGUAGCCACUUACCUAACAUUUCCCUAGUCCAGUGGGGGAAUUGUAACCUUGAUCCCAGUCUGGGAAGUUUCCACCUGCCUGACAAGUUGUUGACGUGCAAUGAGUUGUACCAGCCCUAGAUUACUUCCCACCCUAACCCUGCAGGAACAGUAUUCAAACCCAGUCUCACAGCUCACCCUGCACCCCACACGGCAGUGCUAGAUGAGCCGCUGGGGACCCCUAGUGUUCUUAUCUCUUAAGGCAUAUUAAUAACAAACAGAUGUUUACAGGGCUGAGUUCAGAGCAGGUAUCUUGUCAUUGGUGCAGUGGUAAGGUGUGCUAGAGUCUCCUACACAUGUUAAUGUAAGGUCAUUAAGUUUUGUGUGUUCUUACAGUAUUGUGUCAUUCAUGCCUCAUGCUUUUUGUUCUGUAGACCUCAGCCAGUGGCACGCUGUAAUCCAAUUGCAAACACUCCUUUCUCCUGCUUUAAUUUUUCACGGGGGUCUCACAUUUUAAAAAGUGGCUGUUUUAACGCACAAAUUGGAGCUUGUGAUGAUCAGUCCACAUAGAGCCUUUUAAACUGUCUGACUAAAUUAAAAGCUAUGAAAUGGAUUUCAUUUGAUGUAACUGAGUGGAGAAAUGUAUUACAUUUUUCUUGCCAAUAAAAAAAAAAAAAAAAAAUACUAAAAAUUGCUUUGCAGAUACAAUAUGGUAUGGGAAUGUUUUUCCAUUAAUAAAUGAUAUCAGAUCUGUAUGUGCAAUACACACUUUUUUAAAAUAAUAAAAAAAUAACGAGUAGUGUUUCACUUUUGGUUUAAUCAGUUGUAAAGUGAUUGCACGUGAACUAGCAGUACAUAGCAGACGAUUGAUGCAAACACCGGGCUGAUAAUCAUAUCAAUAUAAAAGAAUGUUAAAGUUUCAAAGAGUGUCACCCAGAAAUGGCUUAAACACCUUUACAUUUCUGUAGUCUAAGAGCAUGUGCCUGCUUCACCUAUUGAACUGAAUAAUGUUCCUUUUUAGGUUAGAAGAAACAACUUAUCAAGCCAGAUUGUAUUAUUAUUGUUGCAUCUUACUUUAUCUGCCGGUAUCUGAUGUCAUUGGGCAUGUUUUUUGUUUGUUUAAAAAAAAUGUUGCUUCUGAUACAUCUGUGUGCAAAGUAACAAAUAUGAUAUAUUAUAUGCUUUUUAUAUAUGAUAUAUUAUACUCUGGUUAGUAGUAUUCAUCAGAAAGCUUAGCUCUUUGUCACUAUAUAUUUUUGUGAUUUUCUUUUUUUUUGUAUUUUAAUUAAUGUUCGAUUUAAAUAUGUCAUUUUAAAAGUUAUAAUCAAUGUGAAUACCAGAAAACGGUCAAACAACUCUGAGCCUUAUAGUGUUCGCUUUGUGACUAUGUUUGUAAUGUAUAUAUUCUGUAUAGUUUCAUUAAGCUAAAACAUAGUUUGAUUUGAUGAACAAAACAUUGUAUCGUGUGACUUUUGAUAUUUUAUCUAUAGUUUAUUUAAACGGUUUUACACAACUGGUGAUAUUUUCCACAAUUUCGAAAAAUAAACUUGUGUGGUUUCCUGACAAAGAAGCAUUUCAAUUUAGUGCAGGAAAAACAAAUAGUUUUUUUUCUGGUUUUCUAGAGAUUCACAAAAUUUGAAAUCUAUAUAUUUUUGUUUCAUUUUACUAACCAUUUCAUUGGAAGAAUCCUUAACUUGCGUAGUCAACCAGUGUGUUCUGAAUUUGUGAGUAUAUUGUAUGGGAAAGUUUUGUACAAACAAGUUACAAUUGUAAAUAAUAAAAAAAAGUAUAUA